GUGACUUCAACAGCCGGCCAGAUCACACCCGCAGUGCAUCAAGGCUUGCCAAUGGGGUGUAUUCCAUAUAGUUUCCACUGCCAUGCUCCGGGCCCUUUCCGAAUAUCCGAAUGCCACACUCCCCGGUGACGUUGCUCAACCGGUUCGCGGAGUACCCAGAACCAAAUGAUGGCUUAUCCAGCUCGGUAGAUCUUCCGAACAAUCACAGCUUCACCUCAAGGAACAGCUAUUACGUCCCCAUUGCUCCGUCCCGUCGCCCGUCCCCAUGAGACAGCCAUAACGACUCUCCUGAGCUGUGCCCCCAACCGACCUUCCAGUUCAUUACCACCAACCCACCACUCAGUCCUCGUCGACCGCCACCACAAUGGCGCACAUCCACGACCUCGCCCCCGAAAUAUCAAACUACACCUCCAACCGCCUGACCGACUCCUCCCGCGUCCGCUUCCCGCGCACCCCGGUCUUCACCUCAAUGAACAAGCCCUCGCGCUUCGAAGGCGACGUCUACGACCUCGAGUUCACAGGCACCAUCCCGCCAGACAUCAACGGCACCUUCUUCCGCGUGCAGCCGGACCACCGCUUUCCCCCUCUUUUCGAAGACGACAUCCACUUCAACGGCGACGGGUCAGUCACGGCCAUCCGCAUCGCCCACGGCCGCGCCGACUUCAAGCAGCGCUACGUCCGCACCGAACGGUACCAGCAUGAGACCAGGGCACGGAGGAGCUUGUUUGGGCGGUACCGCAAUCCGUGGACGGAUAAUGAGACUGUCAAGGGGGUCAUUCGCACGGCGAGUAAUACCAAUGUGGUGUUUUGGAGGGGCGUGUUGUUGGCUAUGAAGGAGGAUGGGCCGCCGUUUGCGAUGGAUCCCGUCACGCUCGAGACGCUGGGAAGGUAUGACUUUGAGGGGCAGAUCCUCAGUCCGACGUUUACCGCGCAUCCCAAGUUUGACCCGGACACCGGGGAGAUGGUGUGCUUUGCGUACGAGGCUGGUGGGGAUGGGGCGGAUUGUAGUGUUGAUGUGGCAGUGUGGACGCUGGACCGGGAUGGGAAGAUGAUUGAGGAGUGCUGGUACAAGGCGCCGUUUGCAGGCAUGAUUCAUGAUUGUGGGAUUAGUAAGAAUUGGGUUGUGCUGCCGCUCACGCCCAUUAAGAUAAAUCUGGAAAGGAUGAUGAGAGGGGGCAAUAAGUUUGCAUGGGAUCCGAAUGAGGACCAGUGGUAUGCGCUGGUGCCGAGAAAGGGGGCAGAGAGUGAGGAUAUUAUCUGGUUCCGGGCGGACAACGGUUUCCAUGGCCAUGUCGCCGGAUGUUACGAGCUGCCAUCUGGGAAGGUGGUGUUCGAUUUGACGGUGGCCGACGGCAAUGUCUUCUUCUUCUUCCCUCCUGACGGUAACAUCACAUCCUCCGAAGGGGUCGCCAAGCGUAACCAGCUCUCCUCGCCAACGGUGCGCUGGGUCUUUGACCCUAAGGCGAAGAAGUCGGCCAUCCGAACCCCGGAAGCAGGCGACGCGGACGUCUGGGUGGCGGAUGAGCGUGUGAAGCCUCAUCUGACGUGGCUUACCAAUGGAGAGUUCUCUCGCAUCGAUGACCGCUACACCUCCAAGCCCUACCGUCACUUCUGGCAAGCCGUUGUCGAUCCAAGCAGACCGUACGACUUUGCUAAGUGCGGUCCUCCUGCAGGCGGGCUGUUCAACUGCCUGGGCCACUACACGUGGUCAAAGGAGCAUUACCAAACCAAUGACUCGAAUCAAACCGAGGAAAAUGCAGACGCUGGAGAAAAGGAGAAGUUUGGACUCGAGGACGUCUACUUUCCCGGCCCGACCAUGACCUUCCAGGAACCAACCUUCAUUCCGCGUGAGGGCGGUGCCGAGGGCGAGGGGUACCUGAUCGCGCUGCUGAAUCAUCUGGACGAGCUGCGCAAUGAUGUUGUCAUCUUUGAUGCGCAAAAUCUCAGCAAGGGGCCCUUGGCAGUGAUCCAUCUGCCGUUGAAGCUCAAGUUGGGCUUGCACGGCAACUGGGUCGAUCACCGCGACAUCGAGGCGUGGCAGGCGCGGAGGGCGGAGAAUGGCGACGUUGGGCCGGUGAAAGUGGCAACGGAGCCGCUUCCAUGGCAGAAGAAGCUGGCUGGACAGACUGAAACAAAUGGGACAAAUGGAGUGUGAGCCCCGAUUCAGGUUAUCCGUGCAUUGUCAGAUACAGCUUCUG